ACUGCACUAGUCCUCGGCGGACGCACAUGUGAUAUGUUGGAUUAUCGCUUACCUAUUUUAUUUGCACUGGUGGUUGGCUCGCAAGGGGGCCCGACGAGGUCUCUGACCGCCAGUUCUCCAUCAACAUGCUCCACAGAAUGCUCAGGGAGUAGUAAGUUCAAGUACACACCAGGAAAGACCUACCAGUAUAAAUAUGAGGCUGAAACUCGCACAUCCCUUGUUGGGGUUUCCACGGAUCACCAUACCAUCGGACUAACAACCAUUGUCGAUAUUGAAGUUCAGUCAAAAUGUGAACUCAUUCUUAAGGUCCAUGACACAACAUUAUUUGCCUAUGACUCGAAGGCAUACUCUGACCAAGACGUGAACAAGGAGUUUAGCCAGAAGUUUGAACGCUACCCUCUCCGGUUCUCGUUUCAAGAUGGCUCCCUGCAGGCAGUAUGCCCACACAAGUCGGAGGAGACGUGGGCCGUCAAUAUAAAAAAAGGCAUUCUCUCGGCCUUCCAGAACUCAAUGGAUAACUUUGAAGCUGAAGAAUUUAAGGGAACUGAGAGUGAUGUGACUGGGAAGUGUGAAACAGAGUACACCAUUGCGCAGCGUGGCUGGCGAUUUCUCACUGUGAAGAAGAGCAAAGACCUAUCUUCCUGCUCUAACAGACAGGGCUUCAACAGCGCCAUCCAGACAACACCAUUUAGAAUCUCAUCUGUCAUGAAGUCACUGCCAUUGAUGAGGGGUACCCACACAUGUACCCAGGAAGUAAGCACCUCCGGAACCCUGAAAAGUGCUCUGUGUCAUGAGGUGCAUGUCUUCCGGCCAUUCUCCACAGACCAGGGUGGUGCCACCACAGAGGUGACACAGAAGCUGAACUUUGUCCAAGAGAAAAAUGGAGUCAAUACUGACCAGGUUGAGUGUGGCCCAGCCCAGGAGCCAUUCUUUGAGCAUGCUCCGGAAACAGUGACCUCAGACCUCUCCACUAGAGAUGCUCUUGACCUUCUCAGUGACCUGUGUGAAACCACGGCAACGGAGGUAAUGCCGGAGACCUCACGGCAGUUCUCCACCCUUGUCUCACUCUUGAAGAGAAUGGACUUUGACGGCCUAAAGAGAGUGUACAACCAAGUAAUGAGGGAUUCGUUCUGCAAGAGUAACGUUGACAGAGCCCGGAAGUUUGCCCUGGAUGCAUUCCCAAUGGUUGGAAGUGAUGCCUCUGUGGAGCUGAUGAAGACGCUUGUCUCUAACGAGGAUGUGACGGGCAAGAUGGCCGACAUGUGGAUUGCAUCCAUUGCCUUUGUCAGCAACCCGACCAUCCAGAUGAUCAAAUAUGCCAAGGAGUUACUUGGCUUGCCCUCAUUUGAAACACGUGUCCUGCUUCCCCUGUCGUCAAUGGUUCAGUCCUACUGCCGGGUGAACCCACUCUGUGUAGAGGUAGAAGAGGUCCAGAAUUUCAUUGACAUGCUCCGAACAAACCUGGAUGGGGGAUGCAAGGUGGACCAACAAAACUUCAGAAAGAUUAUGAUGACAUUGCGAGCCCUUGGAAACACGGGCAACGGGGAGGCCAUUAUUCCAGCCCUGUACAACUGCAUUGAGAAUACUGAUAACCCGAUGGACGUCCGGGUGGCAGCAAUACAGGCCUUUAGAAACUUUCGCUGUGGUGCAGAUAGAAACAACUUGAUGGGAGUGUAUAGAGAUACAACCAGGAAUCCAGAGCUGCGUAUCCAUGCCUACCUGGCAGUAAUGAAAUGUCCCAAUGAAUAUGUUAUUGACCAGAUCAGAGACACACUAAAGACAGAGGAAAGCAAUCAGGCUGGUUCAUUUGUCUGGUCACACCUUACCAACUUGAUGGAGAGUUCUGACCCAGAGAACAAGCCCAUCCAGCGGUUGCUAGGUGAUGCGGUACUUGACCGAGAGUUUGACCUUGACAAGAUGAAGUUUUCCCGUAACUACGAGGGAUCCAUGUUCAGUGAGAAAUUCAACACUGGAGUCAAGACUGACGGUAACCUGAUCUGGUCAGGUCGCUCAUUCAUCCCGAGGUCGGCAUCACUCAACCUGACAGUGAACAUGUUUGGCGAGUCUAUGAACCUUCUGGAGGUUGGGGGUCGUGUGGAGGGGCUCGAGACGCUUCUGGAGUCAUACUUUGGACCGGUUGGGUACUACAAUGAUGACAAUAAGGGCAGCAAUGAAAUCCCAGAUGCUGAUCCCAAACAUGCCAGGCUCAGUGCUAAGAAGUUUAAAGAGAUCAAGAGUCAGGCACGGUCAACACGAGAUCAGCUGAGAGGAGCCCUUUACAUGAGGAUGUUUGGUAAUGAACUCUCCUACAACAUGUUCGGAGCAAGCAACGGUGUCCUGGAUGACGUCUCCGGAUCUGACAUGUUUGACUUCCUCCAGAAACUGCGGAACAACAAACCUCAAUCCUUCUCCCUCACAAAGAACAUCAUGUUUGUUGACAGCACGUACACGGUACCCACUGUGGUUGGUCUACCGCUGAAACUGGCUGUAAACGGCACGGCCAGUGUGGCACUCAAUGUUGGAGGUCAGGUGGACAUGAAGAACCCAUUGUCCAAGGUUGUCAUUGAUGGCAACUUCGAACCAAGUGGUUCAGUAAAUGUAGACUCCACGAUGGGUGUUGAUGCCGUGGUAACGAGUGGCGGUAUCAAGAUGGUUUCAACCCUUUACACAAACUCUUGGGCCAAGGGCAGGAUUGAACUUGACGGUGGAAAUGUGCUUGACAUGGCCUUUGAUAUCACAAAGGAGAAAAGUGAAAUUGUUGAUAUCAAGAGUGCAUUCUACAUGGUGUACAAUGAUGUUGAGAGGGAACAGAGUCUAAUCUCUGACAACAAACAUGAGAAAUCUUACUGCACGGGAGACAGACUCGAGAGAGCAACUGGCAUGCAGCUGUGUAUAAGCAUGUUAGGGCCCAACACAACAGGCCAGUCUGAGGCCCCACUUUUCCCACUGAGUGGACCCACCCACCUGGGCCUCUCUCUCACCAAGCUUGACCUGCCCAAUGGAUACAAGUUUGAGGCCAGGUACAUCAAGACUCCUGUUUUGACCCUGUUCCGACUGAUGUCAGACACCCCUGGGUCCCUGCACGACAGGGCGACUGGGCUUGAUGUGAAAUUGAACAAGGAUGACAAGUCACUGGUUGCUAGUCUUGUCUCACCAUGGAAAAAAGCUGUACUUAAUGGCCAACUGCUGGAUACCUCCCAGGUAAAGGGCAUCACAGGCGACAUCAACGUGGAUGACGGAGACCGCAUGUACAACCUGGAUGCCAAGGUGAACAUUGACAACUCCAAGGACUCAGUGACCUAUAUCCCCACUUUAACCCUGGAGGUCCCAGACUGGAAGAAUGUCAAGGUUGGCGGAAAGGUGGCAUACAAAACUGGCGAGUCACUAGAGUCAAACCUCGUUAUCACUGGGGCUACAGAUGAACCGAUUCAUUUUGCAGCCAAUGCCAUGAACACCCUCACCAAGAAGGGCAUUUUGGCCAGUCUCAAUCACGAGAAGGGAGAAGGAUACGUAUUUGAGGCAAUGACGAAUGUCAAAAUAGAAGAGAAGAAGCAGCGAUCUCGCCACACUUACACGCCCCGUCUGUACGUUCGUACACCUGAGAAGGAACUUGUUGAACUCACAGCUGACAUGCUGUACAUCAGGGGCAAGAGUCUGAAAAUAAAGUCCCUGCUAGACAAACUUACCAAGAUCCCAUUUACCUUCACCUUGGACUAUGGCCAGUCAGAAUACACGGCUAAAAAGCGCACCAAGUACACUAUGAGAGCCUCUCUUGAGGGUCCGAAACUGAAGAACAAACUGAUGGUAUUGGUUGACAAUCGAGCCCAGAAGAACAUCUUUUCCAAGUUUCGGCUUGACUAUGACAUCAACCGGCGCUGGAAGGACACGAUCACUGGCUCCAACAGGAUUAAGCUGAACCUGUACAAGACCAAGCAGGCGGCCAAGAUUACAGGUGACCUUAACUUUGUGGGCAGUAAUGACUAUGACUCGUCAUUGUCUGUGAUCUACUCAAAAAAGAAGUACACGAUGAACCUGGAUGCCUCGCUCAAGUAUGGGGAAAAUAUCAAAGACAAGAAGACUAAGGACCGUGUUGACUUCACCCUGGCAACCAUUAACAAGGAAUCCGGAAAGGAAGAGCUUGUUAACUACACAGCCUCAUUUAAACUCCCAUCUAAGGGUGUGAAUGUGAAGGUGACAGGCGGUCAUAUCCAGGGCGACAGAAAGGUCGAGAGCGAUGUGAAGAUUCAGUAUCACCCAGACAGAAUUGUUGGUUUUGGACUGCGAUACCACAACAAAACCAACCUCUACCACUUAUAUUCUGGCAGUCUGACCAUCAGCCUUCCCGAAGACCGUCAGAUGUCAUUCGCUGGAGAGUUUGGACGGGAGACAGAAAACAAAUAUGUGAACAACGUGGAGUUCGAGAUAAUCAAAGGACGGAAAACAAAAAUUGAAACCGCUCUGAAGAUAGCCACUCACUCCAUGUAUGAGGUUGAAGUUGGACUGAGUCUGCCUGACCUUGAGCCGGUGCGGGUGAUUGGGGCGUAUAACAUGGUAGAGAAUGGCUAUACAGGGGAGGCCUCUUACAAGAAAGGUGGCAAGGUGUACAGGAUCUUCGGGGAGGUUUUGUAUGAACUAGGUAAAACUGGAAAAGUAAUGCUGGACUUCACUGUACCAUCAAGGAGAGUGAUGAUCAUCACAGCCAUGUCAUCUAAAGGCACAGAAAAGCAUGGAAUGUUGGAUGUCCAGUGGAAUGCUGAUGUUAAUAUGGAGGAAAGGUUCCUGACCAAUAUCACCUAUGAUAUCAAGAGCAUGGAUGAUUUUGAAAUCAGCACAACUCUAUACUAUCCUACACGGACAGUAGAUUUCUCCAUGAAACACAACACUGCCGAUAGAUACAUAACAAACGUUGAAUUAUCCUGGAGCCCAGAAGAGAAAUUCAAAUUCUUCAUUAUUUUCAGAGAUGACCUGUACAAUGGAGCAGGUAGAACUGAACUUGAUGUAGGUUUUGAGAGUCCGUUUAAACGCUACGAGGAUUUAAGUCUCUCGGUGUCCAUAAUCAGCGGAGAAAAACAGCUCCAGUCGAAGAGCAGUCUAACUUGGGCACGGAAGAAGAAGAUCCUCGUCUCCACUACAGUAAAGCUGCCUGUUACAGCAAACAGUGUAGAUAUGGUUGGAACAAUCUUAACACCAUUUGAUGACUACGAGACCUUGGCCAUAACCUUCAAACAUCGUCUGCAAGACCAGCUUCAGACAAGCGCUCUGCUCCAAUGGGGCAAAAACAGGUUCUCGGUCAGUACAGAUGGCCAGUUCACUGCAAACAGUCUCACCCGGUCCUUCAAUGGAACAUUUGCGCUGCAUACUCCAUUUGAGCCUCUAAGGGUGCUGGUGAUUAAAGGUGCACACAAUGACAACUAUAAGGACUUCAAGGCGUCUAUGACAAUGGAGAAACAGGUAGCCUCUCACACUGAUGAAUUUGAUGUAGAGCUGUCAUUCACCUUGAACACUGGUGUCCCUGGUCUACAGACCAUCACUAUGCUUAACAACAGAGGCUUAUUGCGAGUUACAACUCCUAACGAUAAAAUUGAUGCAGACUGGGAACUGCGCCAACAGCCAGAUAUGUUUAAAGCUUUGUUAGAUAUCAGACCAAUGAGAGGUAAUAGAUUUAAAAUUGAGUUCGGUGAAAAUCACUCUCUUAUGCCUACAGAGAACAAUAUUAAUGCCAAGUUUGAACUUUUGAUUCCUAUGGAAGAGCUCCGUGAACUAAGCAUUACUUUUGACCACCAGAACAAGCCAGGCUCUAUAAAUACUCGGGCAUCUGUUAUAAAGGAUAACUUAGAGAUCAUGACGGCAAAUGUGAACUUACUUGCGUCCCUUACCAUCUUCGAUCUAAAUACACUGAUUACCAGUAGAUACUCUGAAGACAUUGUGUUCAAAUUAUCUUCUAUACACAGUAUUAUGCCAUACAGGGGUAACUUUGAGUUGAGCUGGGGAAAUACACCAUGGAAGAUCACAGCUGCCAGUGAACUGUUCUACAACCAGUUUGGGAAUCAUGAAGCUACAUUCUCACUGAACACACCAGUGCCUCACGCUAAUGUUAUCACCGUAUUUUCUAAACGACAGCGAAAUGGUCUUAAUUGGGAAACAAGUACUAAAGUAAGCUUCAAUGAACAGAGUAUUCAAUGUCACAUCUUAUACAGAUUUGACCAUGUUAAGUUCACUCAGAUUAACCUGAGAUCAACUUUCCCUCAGUUCCCUGGUGUUACCACAGCAUUAAGGUUGGAAGGCACUAAGACAAACUUCAAUGGAGAUGCCAACUUUGAAAUGGUACCAUAUGUUGGCAAGAUAAAUACAGACUUUAAAUGGUCAUAUUAUCAAGGAUCAAGAAUAUUUGGAGAAUUUAAUCUGAAUACAGUUUACCCUCAGUAUCCGUACUUGAAGGCAAGCUUUGAUAGUAAUCCUCUGGGUGUGUCCCGUGUAUCCAAGUUCAGUUUAGAAUACCUGCCCACACAAGUUGUUACCAUGGAUUUGGACUACAGGUACACAUCAGCUGAGACGAUUGAGGGAACUCUGAAGAUUACAAGUCCAUACACAAAUAAUAAGGAGGUCGUAGCUGGUUUUACUCACAAUGGUAACUUGAAAAAUUUCCACACUAUAGCCAAGAUAAGUUCAGAACAUUUCCCUGGACCGGCAUCUACCGAGGCACGAUUUGCUCUCACCAAUGGAGUUAAAUCCACGUUCAAGAUGGACAGUUACUGGCGAGGCUAUGAGAAGGUUAGGUGGAACCUGAUCCACGAGAAUACAGACACUGGCUACCACACUGUAGCUGAAUAUGAGACAAACGAUAAGAGCAUUUCCUAUGAAAAUCUACUCAAAGUAAAAAAGAAUGACCUAGAUUGGCAAAUUACAUUUCUAACUCCAUUCGCAAACAUUACACGAACUCACAUUAAGUUGGAACAUCAAGGAGAGUUCCCAAAUACACAAACACAUGCUGAGGUGGCCUAUAAUGAAAACAUGAUUACCUCAGACUUUGAUCUCACUCACAAUGAUGAAAAGUCCAUUGCUAAAGCUGUUGUCACCACUCCCUUCGAGAGGUAUGAGAAUAUCCAUACAACCAUCAGCAAAACUGGCUCUCUGUCCGACUUCACAGCCACUGCAGAGUGUAAUUACAGUCUGAGAUGGCACGGCACACUCCAACACAAGUUUCAUCCCAAUGAAGUCCACACUUCAGCCUUGUUGAGAAUCCCAUACCUGCCUGAUGAUGUCUCACUUGCUGUUAACUACACAGGAAAACUCACUGACUUUAGAGCCAAUCUUGACUACGUUCUCAAUCCCAACUACCGAACGAUUGGCGAAGCAAGAUUCUUGUACAACCUUCCAGAUCUUCAUGCAUCGGCUAAGACUACAACAAUGAUUGAUAAUGACGUGAGAGUUAAUGAGAUAGCACUUAAACAUCACCAAAAUGUUGAUAGGCUUGAAAGUAUGGAUAUUUCUUCUCAACUUCUUGCACAAAUGAGAGAUAAGCGUGUCAAUAUUAAUUUUAAUUUUGACCAUACACUAAACGGAAAAGAUAGAAACGUUAAAAUCAAUACGAUUGUUGAACUUCCUCACCCAGAUUUUGCUUACAGCAGAUUGCAUUACUCUUCGAAGGAGGAAACGCUUGAUACCAUCAGUACCAAAGAUUUAGAGCUUUCUUUUGAAACACCCCUUCUAGAGAAAUACAUAGCCUCUCAACUGACAACAAUGAACACAAGUCCUUUAACCGUUGAUGUAACAACUACUCAUACAUACGGUGAUCAAAUAUUUAUGGAACAACAGCAUCUUGAGGAGGGCAAGAUUUCCUAUACUUACACAACACCUUUUGAAGGGUAUGAGAAGAACAGCCUAGAGAUCCUUUAUGAACCAAUCAGCUUCAACGCUACAGUGACAAGCUCUGCUUUCACAUAUCCAUUGAAGAUUUCUGGAAUAGUUUCAAGCACUGUAGAUCAUGCAUCUCUUUCUGCACUUGACUUUAAUAGCAAGAUUUCUUAUGAUACAAUGGAAUUGUUUGGUUUGAUGUUUGUGUUGAGGCCAGAUAUGACAUCAGGUCGCUUGGCCUUUAUUGUUGACGAAGACUUUACACUUCACUGGUACACUUGGAAAGGGAAAAUGUCUACAGAAAGCAAAGUUUUGAGCCUCAAGUCAUUGAACUUUGAGGAGCUCAGCUUGACAAGACACACAGGUGAGACACUGACAUUUACUGAGAAUUUCAAACUGAAAUCUAUCAAAGACUUUGAAAUAUCUCAAAAAUUGGAAAGCACAUUUACAGUAAUUCCUAACAUGGAGAUGCAUGUGAAGAAUGAGAAAGUAGAUGGGGAAUAUAAGCCAUUGGUUAGAUUCUAUUCUGAGCACAGUAACCCAUCCACUGAGAUUGAGCUGAAUGGUGCCCUGAGCUGGGAAUUAAAGGAUAUGGAAAAUGUCAAAGCAUUUGGAGGAGUAGGUUUGAAAACAACAUUUAAUGAGCUCACCAACUUCAACAUCAAACUUGGCCAUGAGCAUGGCAUUGCUCCAUUUAAGAUAGGAGAGAUUGCCCUGAUAGAAUACAAUGACAAGAAAUACUUUGACCUUGAGACAGAAUUUGGGGCUUUAAACAAGUUCUCUGGUUUAAUAGCUUUCCAUGCUCCCAGAGAAAUGGAGUUCAGUUUCAGUGGUGUAAAUGAGGGAGAAAGUGUUAAUGGCAACCUUCAACUGAACUGGGACAAGACAGAUGCAGACAGUGUGUUUGGAAUGCAGUUUGACUUUGAUAACACGGCUACUAGUUCUACAAGAAAGAAGGACUUGAGCGUUCGUGUGACUAGACUAGGCCGUAUUAUGAGCUUCUCGACAAGCCAGGAGAGUUCCCGAGGGCGAAUGGCCCACAGUGGGAAGGUUUACUGGGAUGAGGGGAAGAACCAGGGAGCUGGGUACAGCACAGCAUACACCUGGAUGAACGUGCAGGGUGUGGAGACGCACAGUACUGACCUCUCAGUAUUUGUGCCAACAAGAAAUGUAGAGAUCACUGGACAGUACAUACAGAAGGGCUCUAAGAUCCUGACAAUCGGCACUGUUCACUGGGAUGCAGACAAGGACCGACAGAAGGCUGUGGAGGUAAAACUGGAGGUGGCUCCCACUGAAAUCAGGAAGAUGGCUCUGCUCGGGAUCCGUCUGCCCAGCAUGGACAAGGAGCUAACCCUGACUACUGAGCUGUCUGUGAAUGACGGGCCACGUCUGCUGGAGGGAGAGACCAAGUUUACAUACUCUCCAGACCUGAACAAGGCCGUCCUACUUAAAUACAUCAUACAGGAUGACAGUAAACAGUGGACAGAGUUUAGUGCUGGGUGGAGUGUGGACCAUGCUGACACACAGACGCACAUUGAGAUGAUGGCAAACAUGACAGGGAAGGGGUACAACCGUGAGGGCAAUGUGAUGCUCUCCUAUGGGGAGGAGAAGAACAAGGUCACAUCACUCACUCUGCAUGGUGACCUUGACCUCCAGCAGAAACAAGUCAAUGUCAAGCUAAGCUCCCAUAAGGAAUCAGUAAGCCUCAGAGGAGCAGUUACUAGCCAGUCCCCUUACUUGGUUACCAUGGAAACAAGCCGCAACAAUGAGCCACGCUGGAAGACGGACAUCUCUCUGGACACUGAUAUCAGGACACUUGAGGCUACCAUGACAUAUGAUGACAUGAGUGGUAAGGUGAUCACCAAGGCUUUGAUGCUUAACGACACUGCAGUCCUGUCCGAGACAAACACCAAGGGUAGUUAUGACACCACACAGGAGGGACGACUGUACGCACAACUGAGUGAGCGGGUCCUACAUGGACACCUCAAGUGGAGGCCAGAGGUCAUCAGUGAAGUCACUACUUAUGGAGCCAAGGUUCUACAGCAGACUGUCUCAGAGCUAAGCCCAGUGGUGGAGUCCAGUCUACAGGAGCUAGGAACUGUCCUACAGCAGAAGCACAAGGCUAUCAGUGCCAGUCUGGAGGCAGAAUUAUCUCCCCUUGGAGACUCUUACGAGUUGGAGGUGAAAUCGGUGCAGCGGGAGGUGCGCCAGAUGCGUAGGGAACUCAAGAGGAUGUACAAACAGAAUGAGCUCUACCUGCAGGACCUUGAGGUCGUAUAUGAUGAGUUCGUCAAGAACAUGAUGGCAAACUAUGCCAUAGCCAUUGCCCGUAUGGAGUCCAUGUACGAGCGGGUCCAGGAAACAUUAAGGGAGAUCUCCAACAAGAUUGAACAGUACCCAUUCCAGGAGAAAUAUAAUGCACUUGUGAAAUCUAUCUCCGAUGGCAUCAAGGAUGGUGAGGCAGCGUUGAGGUUGGAGCUCGCCACAGUGGUCAGUGAGAUGGUGGCGGGACUUGACAAGCUGUCUGACAUGUACAAUGAGGCUAUUACUGACAUCUCCCUGAGUUUGCGGGAACUCAUUGAAGCUCUGCUGAAGGAGCUAACCAUGAAGCCGUACCUGGAUGACGUGAAGGCGGCCCUAGACAGACUGACCAAAGGAGUGGACAUCUCCAGUAUUGACCACGCACAGAUUGUCCAGAAAAUACAGACAGUACAGAAGAUGUUGGAUGAUGUCCUGCGUACAGACAGUAUUCCCGAGAAGUUGCGCCUGGUGCAGGAGCGUACGCGGGAGAUUCUGGCGGAGAACUUUGGUGACCUGAUGGACAACAAGGAUGUACAGGAUGUGCAGAAGGCCAUAACAGACCUGUAUCAACAGCUAACCUGGGUCUACGAGUACACUGACAUGAAGAUGUCACUGAAAGAGUUGCUCCAGAGCCUAUCUGACAAACUCAGAUCAAAGGUGUUAGAAGAGUUCAACCAGCUACCUAUUGGUCUCCUUGACCUUCACAAGUCUAAGGUCACAACCUUUGACCUCCAGAAGGGUGAAAUUGAGUUUGACCUUUAUCUUCCGAUCCCAGUGGAAAACUUUGAUGAGCUGAUGAGUAUCACAGUGGAUAAAUACAUGACAAAGAUUGAAAAGAUGGUGGACAAGUACUUCCCUCGGCGAGAUAUCUGCCUCUGGGAUCUGUACUACAGCCUGCCCCAUGUUCAGUGGAGCCACAAGGACUGGGUGCCCCCAUUUGAUGCAUUUGGCACCAUCUCUGGCAAGCAGCACCUGACUACAUUUGAUGGGCAUCACUACGACCUGGCAGGACUAUGCAGUUACGUUCUUGCUACCGAUCUGGACAACAGCAACUUCAGCGUCGUCCUCAAGUACACUGGUGGACCUCGUAAUCUCGCGAAGGAGUCCAUCAUCACCAUGGUAGAUGGGAGAACUGUUGAGAUACUACAGAACUACAUGGUGAUGGUGGAUAACAAGCCUACAGAGCUGCCAUACUACACAGACAGGUUGAGCAUCGUCAGGUCAGGGUCAAAGGUCACCUUGAGCAGCAAGGUCGGCCUCGUGGUCAUGUCUGACUUCAAGAACGACUACCAUCUAGUCCAUCUGAGUGGCUGGUACUUUAAUAAAGUGGGAGGUUUAUUUGGGAAUUUUGACUAUGAACACAGCAAUGAUGUGAUGACCCCAGAUGGCAUCCAGGAGGCAAAACUGAGACGGUACUUUAACACCUGGGAGGUGGAUGCCUCGUGUAAGUCGACCCGCAUCUUUGUUGACCCGGAAGUGACCAAACGUGAUGAAACUUGCACUGCCGUAUUCGAAGCCACUACCUCCAACCUUCGACCUUGCUUCCUACAUGUUGAACCGAGCCACUACCGCCUGAGCUGUGACAGUGACCCGAGUGCUGUGUGUGACAUGGCUACCCUGUACCGGGAGAUGUGUGCCAAACAUGGAGUGGAUGUCUACAUACCUUCACAGUGUGUUCAGUGCGAGUCCCACAGCCAGAAGCAGUUUGAUUCAUCAGAGAGGCUUCGUUAUGAAAAAUCGAGCCCAGAUGGUAUGGAGCCGGUUAAAUCAAUGGAUGUUGUAGUUGUCGUGGAAGAAGGGCGAUGCAAUCAGGACAUCAAGUCAAAACUGAGAGAUGUUGUCAUUACCCUUGAACAGACGCUCGAGAAAUCUGGUAUGCGGGGCAACCAGUACAGUGUUGUGGGUUACAGUGAUGAGGUCGUCUCCCACACAAUGGAGGGGCAACUCUUCAACGAGGGUUCCAAGGUCGCCAUGGGGCUGGAGAACCUGCGAUACCAGAAGAACUUAAUGACCUCAGACCCCCUUGCCGCCGUCAUGUACGCGACCUCGUUGCCCUUCAGGACCGGAGUAAAGAAAUCCAUUGUCCUUGCUAGUUGUUCCCUGUGUCAGACAUCAGACAGCUAUGCGUACAGUCGCCUCAACUCCCUGCUCCAGCAAAGGGACAUCACUCUACAUGUACUGAGAGAAAAGAGCCUCAUGUUGAAAACAAACAGACAACCCAAAUCACAGAUCUAUGGUCUAUCUCGUGAGCGUGUAUACUACGGGGAGCAGCACAUGUCAGAGCAAGAUCUAUUCCCUGAAAUGGACGUACCCACGGACCUGUGUGUCUCACUUGCUCUCCAGUCCAACGGCACACUGUUUGACACCGGUAACCUGCAGAUUGGCAGUGUGUCCCGGCAGCGUGAGUUUAUGAAGACAGUUGGGGAGCAGGUUCAGCAGCAGACUGGUUCACCAUGCCAAGUGUGCAGUUGUGAGCUAAACAAGUAUGGGCUGCCACAGUCCGUCUGCAGACGCUGUGAUUCACAACCAGUCAACUUCCAGCCCCCUGUCACCCUGGUGAAAAAACUAACAGACCUGAAGAACACCAUUACACACAAUGUUCAGGCACUUCUGUAUUAGUUGAAAAGACAUUAUAAGACAGUUUGGAAAACAGUGAUGUUUUCUACAGUGAUAUGUUGGUAAAAAUGAAUGUGUUUUGUGAAAAGGUUUGAAUGUUGAUAAGGGUUUAAUAUGUUUUACAAUUUUGUAAGCUUUGAUGUUGCUUUUCCAUGAACAUUGUGUAUCAUAAGCAUAAACUCAUCUGUUUUAGCAAUAUAUUAAAUACUCAGCUAUUUUACCAUUAGUGUACUUUUCCUUAAACUCUAAAUGUACGUUUGUAUGAACAUUAUUUAAAUGUAAGUACUGCUUGAAUUUGGAGCCGAAGAAACUGAUAGUUUAUCUUCCAAUGUGCCUUUGAACGAUGUUGAAUAUGUCAUGUCUACUUUUGUAAUGUUUACUUUUAUCUUCUUUCAAUAAAUCAUUUAUGUUAUA